AGGCGGGCGGGGGCAGCGCCGCCGCCGGGACUGGCGCCCGCCACCGGCACACGGCCCGCGCCCCGCAGCGCUCCGGCCCGGCCCGCGGCCGCCGGGGGUGCGAGAUGGCCGCUGACCGGAGCCGCGGGGUCCUGGGGCUGUGGCUGCUGGCGGCGGCGGGGCUGUGCGGCGGGGUGGCGGCGGGCAAGUCCCCCAGCUGCCACGAAGUGCGGACGGCGUUUCAGCUGCGGCAGAUCGGGCCCCUCAAGCUGGUCCCCGACGUGCCCACGGCCGAGUCAGAUUUACAGAUCUGUCAACAUAGAGCACCAACAUGUUGUACCAAAAAAAUGGAAGAAAGCUACCAGGCAGCUGUUCGAAGGGAGAGGACUCAAAGUAUCCAGGCACUGAACUUUGAACUGAAAUACAUGAUUGUUGGUCAUAUCACAGCUUUUCAAGAGGCCUUUGAGUCUUUGCUGCGCUUUGCUGAAAACCGCACAAGUUCCCUGUUUGAGACAGCUUACAGACCUAUGGCAAAAGAAGCAGCAGAGCCUGUUAAAGAACUUUUUACAGACAUCUCUCUCUACAUUCUGGGUGCAGAAACUACAGUGGAAAGUGCAGUAUUACGGUUCUUUGACAGUCUCUUUCCUCUGGUGUAUAGUCGGCUAAUAAACCCAGGAAUUACAGAUUUAUCAGAGGACUAUACAGAGUGUCUACGGCUUACAAGGCAAGACAUAAAUCCUUUUGGACGCUAUUCGAAAAACAUGGUUACAGAGCUGUCAAAAUCUCUUUGGGCAAGUAGGAUGCUCAGCCAGGCCCUCAGUCUGGGCAUUGAAGUGAUAAAUACUACUGAACAUGCAGCUCUUACGAAGGAAUGUAGCAAAGCUCUAGUGAAGAUGCAGUACUGCCCGCAUUGCCAGGGCCUGACCCUAAUCAGACCCUGUGUCGGAUAUUGUCUAAAUGUAAUGAGGGGCUGUUUGGCCAGUGUGUCAGAACUGGAUGCACAAUGGAGGGAGUAUAUCUCCACACUGGAAUAUCUGACUAACGAAAUGGCUGCCUCACAUGAUCUGGAAAUUGCACUGACGGGAAUCCGGAACUCCAUCAAUGAAGCCAUCCUGCAUGCACAGUUGAAUGGACCACAGCUCUCUGCUACAGUUGAUAAAGUGUGUGGACAGCCCAAACAACAAGAAGGGAACCUGUCAUCAGACAAUAUAGUGCCAGUGAAGGAAGCGACUGAAACCCAGACAUUCGUGAUGGCUCACGCUAGUCUGAACAAUAAAAGAAGUUCUCUGCCUCUGAAAGCUUCAAAGAAUGACAAAUCAAGAAGUUUGAAAAAAAUCUCUCGAGAGUUCAUCAAUUACAUGAAGCGAUCCCGAACAUUUUAUGCCUCUAUAGCAGAAAGGCUGUGUGAUGGAGACCUGGUGAUGAGAGACAGUUCAACCUGCUGGAAUGGAGAGGAUGUUGUCGAAAGUUACACCAGCAGAGUUGUUUCUAAUGGACUGAAGGCACAAACUAAUAAUCCAGAACUGAAAGUCAGAGGAUUGGACCCACUCAUCAGUAAUUUAAUUGAUAAACUUCAGCACUUUAAUCAACUGGAUGCUGAGAAGGCAAAAUUAAAACUGGAAAGAUGGGCUUCCCCAGAUGCUGGCAGUGGGGGUGGAAGAAGUGAAGAGAUGGAGUCGAGCGGGGAUUGUGAUGAUGAGGACGGCUGUCAAGGAUCCGGUGACAGGAUUCACACAGCAGAUAUACUCAAGGAAAAGAAAACCCAUCCAGAAAACAGAAACGAACCAAAACCAACUGUGAAAAAGAUUGACACCACAACCACCACAAGCACUGUCAAGUCAUCCUCUAAACACAGUGUAACUGGAAAUGGGAGCAAUCCAGCCCCGAGUUCCUCACUUGUUAUUUUAACAGCACUAGCAGUUCUGUGGCAUUGUCCACUGUAGCUGUAUUACCUUGCAGCCAUUGUGCAAGUGUUUCUGUUCACUGUCAUUUAUACCUACAGCCUUACCCAACAAAACAAAUUUGAAUGGCUCUCUAGUUUAUGUGAUAUGUUAGAAUAAAUAUUAAACGACAUGCUGGAGUUGGCAGAUACCAAGUGUCAUCACUUAAAAUAUCUGAAGAUAGCCUUUGACAAAGCCCACCCAAGACACAGAGGGAAUGACGACAAGGGUCUGAGUAGUUUAAGUUAUGGGGUAGAAAUAAUUGAAAACACACAAAUUAUGUGUGUGUGUCUUACUGUUUUUCUCAAUUUCGUUCACUGGAAUCUGACUGGCUGGUUUUGUUUGUUUAAUUUUUCUGAUAAAUUAUAUGAAUGGUCAGUCUUCAAAUUCAAGCCCAUACAUACUUUAUUUUUCUAGUGAACAGCUAACAAGCUAUGUCUACAGUUGUAAAACUUGUUAAAGUAAAGUACUCUGUACCAGCUUGAUGAAAUUCCUAAGUGGUCAAGAAGAUCAAAGCAUGUUUGAAACUUCUUUUCACUCUUACUGUUUAGAUUGUAGGAAGCAAUAUAAAAGCAUAUGGUGUGUCUAAUAUAUCAGUAUAGUUGCCUUAACUAUGGAAAAAAUUAGAACCACUUUGUUUACUGAGGGAUAUAGAUAGUGAGUUUCCCUGCCCUACAAAAUGCCAUUACCAGAUGCUUAAGCAUAUGCUCAAGGCUUAUUGGAUGAAUGUCCAGCAAUGGGAAACAUAAAUAAACAUAAUAAUGUUUUAUCCAGUUGAAUGCAGCUCUGUACAGAGGAAAAAGAUAAUUUCGUUCAAACUUACUUUGCCUGUGUGAUGUUAAAGAGAAACUGACUUAAAUUUUCCAUAAGGGUCUCAGAGAUAAAAAUUAUUGGGAACUCCCAUUAGACACUAACUAGAUUUUGUGCAUUGUGGAUCUCUGAAAUCAACUCUGUUUCAUAAAUUGUGUAUUAUUUAAUUACAUUUAAUGUUUAAAAUUUUGUAUCAUGGUAGGUGUAAAUGUAAAACAAUCUGAAAUCUAGAACGUUCUCUGUUAUGCCUCAUCUUUAUUGCUACUCUAGAAGAUGUCAAAAUGUGCGUUACAUUACAAGGGUAUUUUUUUAAUCCAUGAUACAUUGAUGCAUUUUAACUUUUUGGAUGAAAAAGUGCUAUAAUAACUUCUAAUGGGUUAAGAAUUAAUGUGUGUUUUCCAACAACUGUUUACAGUACCAUUGAAUAUAUAUAUACAAACACAACUGUAUGAAUACAGUGAUUAAUAUGAUAAAUAUAUGAAACACUAGAAUUGUUACAUUUACUACAUUUCAUGACUAUUACAACAGUUUAAUGGCCCUUUUCAUGUUGUAGACUAUUAUUAUGUACAGUUUUAUAAGAUUUAAUGUAAAACACUUGCCUUUGUUUUUUUGUAAAACUUCUCUGAUAUUUACAGUUACACAGCCACUGACAUAACUCAAAAGAAGAACCCUGUAUCUUACUAAUCAACUUCAGGCAUUUUAUUGGCAACUUUGAUUAUAAAAGAGAGCCCAACUCAAAGAGGAUGCCAGGAUUACUACCGGAUGUCAUUAUAUAGAAAAUGGGAAUAAUACUGAACAAGCAUACAAUAAGUGAACAAAGACUCUCUACACUUGUAUGUUUUCAGAUAGUGUUAGUGAACAUGUCUAAUUAUGUUUGCGAAGGUGGGACUUGAGUUUUGUUUUUAAUUUGGGCUCUUAGAUCAUAUUUACAGAAAUAAAGGUAUAAUAAGAACUAUCAACACACCCAGCCGCAAAGGCAGUGUUUCUGAAGUGGCAGCAGCUAAGUUUUCUAAAAGAUAAUUCAAUUUUAAUGUUGAAACAAGGAGAUAAAAUGGAAAAGAUACUUACACUAACAUGAAAUCUUUUAUAUUUGAAUUCUGAUGUUUCAUAAUGGUAAUGAUAUUAAUAUGCCUAAGUAGUGCUUUCCCAUCAUAUUAGUGAAAAUCAGUUUUCCCAAAAGUACUAAAAUGGCUGUCCUGCGUUUUCCAGGGUUUGUGAGCUGCACCAGUCUAUUGAACUCUAAUUAAAAAUGCCGCUUCUUGUAUUCAUUUUCAGUGCACUUUUACCUGAGAAGGCAUGCAAGUCAUGUCAUUUGUACAGUGAAAGGACACCAUAAUUCCUUGCAGUCUUAAAGGAUCAGUUGUGAUGGCUGCUGUUAGGCAGGUUGGUCUCUGUGCAUACACAGAAAUGUACAUCAGGUGCUAACACCGCCAGCUCCUCAGGUAAUACCAAUCACUGUGGCUUCACUGAAGCAAUUCAUAUCUCUUGCUUGUGAACCUGACCCCUAAUUUAGUAUUCCCACACAUAGGAUGCUCAGUCAUCUUUCAGGCAAAUGUAUCCACAUUUGCACACUUAAGUCUCCAUCACGAUUCCUAUGGAUAGAGCUAGGGUUUCAGGUCUGGGCUCUGACGCUGCCAGAUUUCACCUGUGCAGUUUGGAGUUUUCAGUUCUUCUCACCUGCAGAGAGGGAACUUGAAUACCUAGGCUUAUGUGUCUUUAUGAGGUCUUUUCUGAAAACCGUUUUGUGCUUUUAGCUCAGAGCAGUGGUCCAGCUAGCCUAGUAUUCAGCUGUAGCAGGGGAAGUUGCAGAAGCCCUGCAGUAGGCGUGUAUGGAAUAACUCACCCAGGGGAUUAUUUGUUGUUGCUAACUGUCAUAAUCUUGCUAAACAAAAACCUCUGAAAAAUCAUGAUUGAAUUUUCGGUUUGAUUGGCAAAUAUUUGUAUGAUGUAGCGUUCAUCUUUCAAGCUAAACAAGACAUCCCUUUUGAAAUUUCUGUAACAGAACUAGAACGAGUUAAAACUGUGGGGUGAGAUAGAAUCAACUCAUUUCAUUGGAUUCAACCAAUAUUUUAAUAGACACAAAUUGUUACGGAACAAGGGAAGAGACUUCAGAGGACUCCACAUCUAUUAAUAUAUUUCACACUAAUAUACUUUUACACUGUAAGAAAAGUACUGGUCAAACCAGCAUGAAAUAUGUUCAUAAUGUGCAUCAAAAAUGGUGCAGCUUCAAAGGGCAAUGCAGUAUAUUUUUACUGAUGGUUUAUGAUUUCUUUUUUCAGGAUCAGUUGCAUUUACAUAUUUAAAAAAGAGUGUUUUCCAUCAAACGACAACAUACCAGCAAAGGCAAAAAUAACUGCCUGUGUCAGAUAAAGGAAGUAUUUCUUUUCAGAUGAAUAAGAUACCUAUUUUACAAAAUCUUAUUUUGUUAUCCAGGACACUGUAAUUAUGAUGUAAUUACGAAGGUCUAAAUUCAAAAUACUUUUGAACUUGUCUAUGUAAUCUCAGUGUAAAAUAAGGUACCAGUCUAAGUGCAUUGCUGUAGCUUUGCCCAACAGUUAUGAAUUGUAUUUAGCCACUGCUUUUUGAAUGUUUAUUGUUUUGCUAUGACUUUCUUUUGAUAUUUUGCUGUGCCAGCAUUUGUGAAUGCCAGCGUUGGAAAGUAACUGCUGUCAUACAUUUGUGAGUAAAAUCAAUCUAUAAUUUCCUCUUGAUAGUGAUGCAGGCUUCUUACCGAGUAGUACAAAAUUGCCAUGGGCAUACAGUCAGUUCUUAGUGUUUCACUGCUCUUUGGACUCCAUGUCACACCAGGUUCGUGUGUCACUAGCCCUCUUCCUGGCUAUGAAAGCGUCAGGAAGAAUGAACAUGGGUGGACAAAAGCAGGCGUGGCCGCAAUGUGCCGGUGCGUGGCAACCUCCAGCUGCCUUUUCUGAGGCCCUGAGCCGAGUGUUCUCAGCUAAUUUUCAAGCAGCUUUUACACCUCUCCAAAUCAACGCAUGGAGACUGGCCAGGCAAAGAGCAGCAGAGAAUCUAGAGACUGUAUAUUCAGGCAACUUCACAGACACCUGCUAUGAAUUGCACAUUUUUUGCAAUUUAGAUGCUUUAUGGAAUCCAGCCUCCCAUUUUCACCCUUACACUUUUUUUCUGGCUUGCAUAUUGCCAGUGUUAUGCCCUGUCUUCCAGUGCGCCAGAUACUUUGUCAUUGCAUAAGGAAUUGUGAUUCUGAUCUUUCACUCAGUAACGAACCUUUUGAGGUACAAAUACCUGUCAGAGCUUGAUAAGAGCAAUACAAAUAAUAAUGUCCAGCUGCAUUGACUUCAGAGGCUCUGUGUAUGGGUAUCUGGCUAUGACAUUCACAUCUUUUUGAUCUCUUAAAUCAGAUCGGUAUUUAAUAUAUCCCUAUUUCCAUUUGUUACCAAGACUGCAAUCAUAAUUUUAAAUUUGACUCUCUAAUCCUGUAUGGGUCUUCUCAAUAUUGUCCUAAUGGAUGUUGUGCGCAGACUUAAUUUUAACGUUAGAUGAGCCUUUUGCCCAGAUUUACUGAGCCAUUCUUAUUUAAUAUUGCACAUGAUUAGGUUUAAGCAAGAUCUGUUCAAGUGAAAGGAGAUGAAACACACAUUAAAGUGAGAUACUGACUAGGACAAAAAUCCAGAAAGUCCCUUUGUUCCUGAAUUGGACUCUUCACAUUAAACAGAUUUUGAGGUUUAGCUGAAAUUACAGUCAAAAUUUCAUAACUAGCAUGCUGCCAAGAGGAUUUUAGCCUUGCAUUGAAAAUCGAUAAGCAGUCUACCCAUUUUUUAAGUGAGAAUUAAUUAAUCUACAUGCUUUCCUCAUGUCUCCACACAUGGGUAAAUUUAGGUCUGUAGAAAUAGGAGACAUUCCUUAAAACAUAUCCUGCCCAUUGAGCAUCACAGCAUUGUAAGUGCUUAAUGUUACAACUAGCCAAAAGCACGAGACUUUUAUUUUCAUUUAUAGCAUUUAACUACUCAUGGUGCUUCUUGUAAUGACAUAUGGCAUGUGUGGUAAUGAAAAGUGAAACAUCUUACAGUCAAUGUCAUUAUAGCUGUGACAUGUGUGAGUCAAAAAGAACAUGAUAGUCUUCCUCCCGUUGCCUCGAAGUUCAGAAUUAUUCCCAGUACUGAAUUCUCUUCUGGUUUCUACUUUCUAACUAACUAUAUUUGAAUUUUAUUAAAUAUUAAGCCACCAAAAAAUAAAUACUUGCCAAGAGAUUGUAAUAAAUAGAGAGAUAAUAAACUCAGAGAAGUACCCUGCAUUUAAAAUAGAGAAUACUCCUGGACUGGAACAAUUUUUCAAGUCCCUCUCCCCUCUCCAGAUUCAUCACCAUCCCCUUCCACCUCCAUACAGCACAACAUGAAGCCUGCAUGCAGGAAGCUGGUGCACUGAAUUCAGGAAAGUGAAGUAAAACUAUUGCUGCGUAGUGGUAUUUCCAAGUAUCUUGCUUAAAGUGGGCUUCCUUUUGCUGGUUAUGAGGAAUGCAUUCAAACUGCAUGUGCAAUUGCUUAAGUUCUUAUCCAGUAAAUAGCUACAGUUGCUGUAGCUUUCAGAAAAGGCUGCUGGGUACAGACCGUGAAGCAAUAUUUUUGUGUUGCUCCCAUGUCACUGAGAUCAAACUCAGUCCUUAAAAUAGACUGGUUUAGACAUUCCAGUUAUUAUCAACACUUCAGUGAUUUCCACCCAUGAAAAUCAUGUAAUACCCUUUUGAGAGAAGGGCACAUAAAAGAGACCCCACUGAUGCUUUCAUGAGGUACAUAAAGUACUUCAUUAAAGAGCCAGUAACAACCACAGCAUUUUUUUUCAUUUCUGUGGUGAAAGUAUUAAUACUACCUUGCAAAAUUAUGCAGUUUGCACUUAAUCAUUUCAAUUAAUCUUUACUAAAUUACCCAGUCCUUUGUAAUUAUAAUAUUUGCAGCUAAUUUAAUGCCAUCCUAAAAAUCAUUCGUUGCAUAAUAUAAGCAAUUAACAUUUAUUCGGGGUUUUUUCUGUUGCAGGGGGAUAUAUAAAUUAUCCUCAGUGGCCUUUCUGUAUACCUAAUUAGCACCUGUUUGAAUUAUUCUACAGGCUAUGGACAUUUCAUUUGAAAAAUAAAUGUGUUGCUAGUUUUGUGAACUCCUUGCAAAUACACAGUUGUAAAAUUUACUUUUCAGGGGAAUACAAAAACAUGUUUUCAUAUGUCGUCUGGGUUUAUGAGCUAGGCUAAGCUUUUAGGCUAUUACACCUAGAAUAGGCACUGACAUUUUUAAUGCAGUUAAAAUGGAAGCAGUCAGAUACCUCUUUCCCAUAAUUAAGUACAGUAUCCCAGAUUUGUAGCCUGGUUUAUUCAGUAACGAAAAAGGAAAGCAAUAAGACAUCAAGAAUAUAGAUCCUAGUGUAACUUUCACAUUUCUGUAUAUGCAUAUACAGUUAGGAAGUUUUACUAAGCAGAGACUAUCAAAAGCAUUGCUAUGCUGGAGUGUCAAGGAUACUGUGUUAAAGUUGUGGAAAUUAAACCAGGUUGCUUCAAUGCCAUAAGUAAGCUUCUAGGUAAAUACUAAUUUUCUAUUUAAAUACACAGUAUAUUGAAGAAGAUCAUUCGAUCUCUCUAAAAAGAAGAUCUGAAAAAAACUUCUAACAAGAAUGCCAAUAUCAAAUAUUUAUAACCUCUACACAUAUGAAAUUGGGACAUCAAAAUGGACUUGAGAUUUUUCUGUGGGUAUGAAUUGUUGCAGCAGACGCUCAGCUCUUAUAAAUCAGUAUAGCUCCUUUGAUUUCAGUUUAACUAUGUAAAUUUACCCCAGGAUAGUAUCUAGCCCAAGAAUGUGAAUUUAUUCCCAUCUUUCUGCAGGUGCAGAAAAUCAACAGUAACUGCAGUGAUUACAAAAUUUGCAUAACAGUUUUACAUUGCCCAGGCCACUGAUCAGAUAGUAUCUUCAUGCCUGAAAAGAAAAUCUGUAACACAUGGGAUGCCAUUAAGUCUUCUGGCAUUUUCCCUUUCCAGAGGCAUGGCAGGGGCCUUUUCCAGAAGUAGCUGGUAUGAUUUGGGGCUACAAGUUGAUAUUCGUACUGUGAGUAUCUCCUAGGGUAGAAAAUCUUUCUCAGAGAAGGUUUGCUGAUACAAAUCAGGCCUUGAGGCAGAUCAAGUUUGAUUUUUCUGUUUCAUGUUAAAACGUAGGAUCCAGGUCUUAAACUGGCCUCAGAAACUAAUUGAGACUCAGUGGAGAGAACUGAUUGUGGCUUUGAUGUUUUCAGAGAAGCUUAAGCUGCAGAGAAGGCAAGCAGCCAUAUUCUGCUUUAGCUGAAGCAUGUGUAUCUUUGCAUUCAGUUUCAGAUAAAAUUACCUGUGAGUUUCCAGAUUAGUGGUGACAAAUUUGUGAGUUACUGUAGCCUGAUGUUCUUCUAUGGAGAAGAAAUGAAAUUUCCUCCUAAGCGGAAACAAAAAGAAGGCUUUUUAUUUUUAUUUCAUGUUAUGCUAAACAUCCAACUUGGAAGGAAACCAAAACAGGACGUUGGGCCUCACAGAGAUGUAGAUUCCCCUGAGUGGGGUAGUUCUUGGUGCAUGUAGUGAUAACGGUAUCAGAGUCUGUCUGCUUGUUGUGAAGGAGGAUGUCCACCCUUUGGCUCUUUCUGGGGGCUUGACAAAAGCUACAUUUUAUGGCUUAAAGGUGACAAAUCGUUUAUAGGCAAAAGUUGUAGCUAAGUCCACAAAGCAGUGAAUAAAGCAAUAGGACAUUUGAUGGUGGUCUCAUUGAAAAAUGAGAAAAUGAAUUUAACUGACAUAUUUCGGCUUUUCCGUUAGGGAUGACCAACGGAGUUGAAACCUACUCCCAAAACACUGCAGCUGCAUAUGGGAGCAGGCUAAUGUAGCAGCAAUACUAUAUAAAAUAUUUGUUGUAUCCCACUUAUUAUAUGGGGCAGUAUUAGAAUAAAAAUGGAAGCCAGUACACUAAGCCUUGCAUAGUACAACCACUUACUGUACUUUGAUAUCAGAACUAAUACAGUAUGAAUGUUUACAGUACACCAGGGUAGAAAUUCUAGUAAAAUAUGUGCUUUGUCAUUUAGAUUUUAAAUAAUUAGUUUAUGGCCUUCUAGUCUUUUUUAGUUCAUUUUAUUGUACAGGAAUUAAUAGGCCUCUAACAUUUGUAUUUUACAUGAGUUGCAUCAUGGGUAUUUUAAGUUCCAAAAUAGAUUGGGUUUGCCCUAAGCUGGGUUCAAGCUCUAACAAUUAUUUCUCUUUCCCAAGCACGUGUUUUAUUUGCAGUAUAUCUCCUUAUAUUUUUAUUGAAUAAAUUUGUCAGUUUUCUCCAGUUUGUUUUCAGUAUUGAAUAUGAUAAAGGCAAUUUUAAAAAGCAGUCUGAAAACAAUGUCUUAAAAGAAGAACAAGGCUACUUUGAAAAGUUAAAGUAAACAGUGUGUUUUGUAAAAGACAGUGAACUAUGAAUGGGAAUAAAAAUAAAUAAUCCACAA